GGCUGCAGCUGUCUGCUGUAUCUCUCCUCUGCACCAUGGAGGGAUUAUCCAUCCUGCUGCUGCUGGCCUCAGCAGUGCAGCUCUACAGUGCUGCUCCAGCUUUGGAGGCAGUGACAUGCAACGAGGAUGGCGGUGCCGCAGCUGCACGUCUGGCAACGCAUCACAUCGACGAGCACCAUGAUCACGGCUACAAGUUCAGACUCCUUGAAAUUUUAGGCAACAAAAUGGAAAAGGUUGACGGAGGCUGUGACAUUGAGCUGAAUUUGAACCUUGGGGAGACGGUCUGCCACACUGUCAACCCCCAACACUUUGAGGACUGCGAGUACCGAGACCAGACAGCCGGGGCGGUGGGGGCUCACUGUAACGUAUCGAUGACUGUAAGGAACGGUGACGCCAAAGUCACCAAGUAUGCUUGUGACACGCAUAGAGAAUUAAGUGACAGUGAGUUGAUAAUGACCUGCCCCGACUGUCCCGUGCUGAUUGAACUUACCAGCCCUGAAGGUCUCAUGUCUGUCAAUCAAGCUGUGAAAAAAUUCAACACAAACACCACCAACCAGCAUGUGUACAUCCUGCAGGAAGUGGGACGGCUAAGAACUGGGUACGUCAUGUCGGUGGGCAUGUUCUACUAUUCUGAGUUUGUUGUGGUGGAGACUCAUUGCCCAAGGGACUCCAGAAUCCUUCAAGACGCGUGCAAACCCCUCUGCCCUGACAGAGCUCAUCAUGCUCUCUGCCGUUCAUCUUACUCAAGUAAAACAUACAAGACCACAUACGACUGUGAUUUCUAUCCCCCGAAGAACACUACUGCCCUUGGCCCUGGUGAGCAGGAGCCUGUAUGCACAUCUGAGCAGCCUGCUGUGCCCCCUGUGCUUGCUGGUCCUCACAUGCCCCCUGGUGGUCGUCCCCCUCCCGGUCGUGGUCCCCCUCCCGAUCAUGGUCCCCCCCACGGUCACGGUCCCCCUCCCGGUCGUGGUCCCCCUCACGAUCAUGGUCCCCCCCACGGUCACGGUCACGGUCACGGUCCCCCUCCCGGUCGUGGUCCCCCUCACGAUCAUGGUCCCCCUCCACCUCACAGUGCCAGGACUAAAAGGUCCUUGGGCUUUCUUAGGCCCGCAUUAGAUUCCUACCACCCCUUGCACCCCAACCAUCCCUGCCAUGCUCCACCAGCCGACCCAGCUAUCCACCCCAUCUGCCCCUGGCCUCUUCCUGACCAACAACAAAACCCAAGAGCCUAGGACUGAGAUACACACAACGCUUAAGGAACCAUAAGUGUUUGUUCCUGACCAGAAGACUUGUAGAGCAGUCUCUAAUGUAUGUGAGAAAUGCUUAAGACCUGGAAAACAUGAAAAAUAAACCAUCACGGUGUCAGACUUUGUGAUGCAAACUUC